CGUUGUUGUUGUUUUGCACGAGAUGGGCCUCCACUUUUCUGGACCACCCAAAAUCUCCGGGUCAAUACCCUGAUAAGUCUCGCAGGAGUAUCGGAAGUCUUCAUAUAUACUCCUGGGGAUACAAGGCUGCGUGACAUCUGCACCCACCACCAUGACUAGCUUUGCCAAGGCGUCGUUCGAUGUGGCCGCCUAUCUUCACUGUCGCCCUUCCUAUCCUCAGAGGGUAUACUCCCUUAUCCUCGCAUACCACUCGGCGAUCCGCUCCUCUCCUCAGUGGGGUACCCUCCUCGACUUGGGAUGCGGCCCAGGCUUCGUGGCGUCCGAACUCGCCCCGCGCUUCGACCAGACGAUCGCCCUCGACCCUUCCGCGACGAUGGUGUCUAUAGGUCUCCAGCCUGUUGGUAACGAUGAAGAUGGCAGGAAACCGAUCCAGUACAAGGUGGGCAAGGGCGAGAACCUCGAAGCCGCUGGUAUACAGGAGAAUAGCGUGGAUCUUGUGGUCGCAGGUUCAUCUCUAGGGAUAAUCCCGCUCAUCUCCGAAGGACACACGCUGAUACUUAUGGUAGGUCAAGCAGCCCACUGGUUUGAUCAUACAAGGGUGUGGCCUCAAUUGACUAGGACCGUCAGGCCAGGCGGCAGUGUGGUGUACCUCGGCUACGCCGAGAUGCAAUUCCCAGGACACCCCAACGUCACUUCCAUCUUUUCCAACUUCUCCCACAGCGUGAUUGGAAAGUAUUGGUCCCAGCCGGGCCGGUCCAUCGUUGAAAAUCUCCUUGACGAUGUACCAUGGCCUACCACUACUCCUGUGUCCGCAAAUAUCCAGCAAACCAUCGCGAAAGAGGGUGUGGCAGCGUCUCAAGCAGACCAUGGUGGCUGGGAUAUGUCUACCGCCAUCCGGAUCCGCCACUCUCCAGAAUUCCCGUUCUUGAUGGAGCAAAGCUGGUCGUUGGCGCAGCUCGAAGGUUACCUCCGCACGUUCUCGGCCGUGCACGAGUACUUUGCUGCCAAUCCCGAGGACAAAGCUAAGCGUAUCGGCAAGGGUCAAGAAGACGGGAAAGGUUCUCCGACUGGGGAUGUUGUCGAGAGGGUUGUGUGGGAGCUGGGGCAAGAGCUGGAGAAAGCAGGGGUGCUGAAGAACGGGAAAGGCAAGAUUGAGGUGGCUUGGCCUUUGGUGCUGAUGAUGAUCAAAAAGAAAAGCGCUGUAUAAGUCGAGAAGAUGAUUGAGAUUAUCAUCAACACAGUGUCAAUGUAUCCAUGUACUCCGAUUCAUCGGAUGAUCUAUCGCCA